AGGGCUGGAUGACAUUGAGGUCAAUCCUGAAGAUGAAGUAGAAAUGAGUGAUGAUGAUUCCAGUGAAGAAACCAUUGCUGACCUACAUCAAUGCAAAGGCUCAACAACAGAGACUUCUAGGGACCAGACACUUCUGAGGCAAACACCAGAGUCAACCACCCUGGACAACAUGGAGGGCACUUCUGAGUCAACCACCCUGGACAACAUGGAGGGCACUUCUGAGUCAACCACCCUGGACAACAUGGAGGGCACUUCUGAGUCAACCACCCUGGACAACAUGAAGGGCACUCCUGAGUCAACCACCUUGGAUAACGUACACAUGAGCAACACACAACCAAGACAUGGUAAAAUAGUCACAUCCCAAGCAUCCUCAAAGUGCUCCAAAGGAAAGCAAGCUGUGAAGGUGAGAAGCAAGUGGACAGGUGAUGAAGUGAAAGCUGUUGAGCGGCAUUUGCUUAAUUUCAUAACAAGCUGCAGAAUACCAGGUAAAAGGACUGUGACUCCUGCCUCCAAGCAGAGCCAGUAGCUCUGAAAGACAGAGACUGGGUUGCUAUCAAAUACUACAUCCACAACAGAAAUGUAGCAUUAAAAAGGAAGAUGAAUAGAUAGAACUAGAGCAUGCCAACUGUAGCUCAGGUACCAUUCAAUUCCAAUUUCAAUCAGCUUCUCCUCAGAUAGUGUUAAUAUCUGUGGGUUUCAUGUUCAUAUUAUUUUAUUUUCCUUAAAUGAUUUAUAUUGUUGGUUCUUGUACAAACAUGCCACAUAGGCUCGACUGUAGAUCCCACAUGUUUGUAUGUUUAUGUAUAAUUGAGGGCUAUUAAUGAGCAUAUGUUUGCUACUUAUGGUCAAAUUUUUUGGGAUAACAGUUGAUGAUAUAUGUUAAUACUCUGCUCUCAUUGACAGGGAAAAGAGAUAAACAGUACUUAAAGGGAUUGUUAUUGUUCCUAAGUUUUCAGAAGCACUUUGUUCUUAACCACAAGUUGUUGAAUGUGGCAAGGUGUUUAAAUUACUGUUAAACUAUUACCAUUUCAAUGGGUGCUUGUAACAGGCCUUGUGUAUGGUAACUUGCACUAUGUAACUAUGAUGUAAAUCCCUAUGUUAUUUAGACAGGUUAGCUGAAUGUACACUGUCAUGUUUCAUAGAAGCUGGAUGCUUUAAUAGAGAGUUUCUCAUUCAUUUCAAACAUGCCAUUUCUACUGCCUUGUGCAUAGUAGGGAAGGAGGCAAAGUGUAGGUGGUCUAUUCUGGGUGUUCAAUUGAUUUGUUAAUUUGCAUAUUUUCGCUGGCACUCAAUAAAAGUAAGGCAUAAAGUGUU